AUGAAGACAUCUUUUAUCCUUGCUGCCCUUCCCUUCUUGGGCCUCACUUCCGCUGCUCUUCUCGCCGCAGAGGCUGUUGGAGAAGCGUCUGACAAGAGUUUGGUGGCUCGCUACAGUUACAACUGGUGUGAUUAUGCUGAACACACGACUGAAACUGAUUUCACCAUGGGCUUGAAUGGCUGGGGAAACAACGAUGCAACAGAAGACUAA